CAGGUUUCAUCUGUAGGCGAAGACUACCCCGUGCAAAAAAGCGACCCAAACGCCUUCAAACGAAGAAAAGUAUCCUCAUCUACGUCAUCUUCGUGGCAUUCUCAAUCAGGAGGAAUAGGAAAGGUAGGAGGUCCGACUUCGUCAUGGCCCUCUUCUACUCCAUCGUCUAGUUCAUCUUCGUCACCAACGAGCAGGCAAC